AUAGAGUCAAUUGUUAAAAAGACAAUGUCAAAGCUAAUAAAAGUAGGAGAUGUUGAAAAAGAGACCACCUAUGGAUAUGUCCAUGCCGUGUCUGGGCCAGUCGUCACGGCCGAAAAGAUGAGUGGUUCUGCUAUGUACGAGUUGGUGAGAGUCGGUUACUAUGAACUCGUAGGUGAAAUUAUUCGUCUGGAAGGUGAUAUGGCUACUAUACAGGUAUAUGAAGAAACCUCAGGUGUCACUGUUGGUGACCCUGUGUUAAGAACCGGCAAGCCCUUAUCAGUAGAAUUAGGCCCAGGUAUUAUGGGUUCUAUUUUUGAUGGUAUUCAGCGUCCUCUAAAAGAUAUUAACGAACUCACCCAAAGUAUCUACAUCCCUAAGGGUGUAAAUAUUCCUGCCCUUUCAAGAACGGCGUCAUGGGAAUUUAAUCCAUUGAACAUCAAAUUGGGUUCUCAUAUGACAGGGGGUGACCUUUAUGGUAUUGUACAUGAAAAUACUCUUGUGAAACAUAAAUUACUUUUACCACCACGGUCAAAAGGAACAGUUACAUAUAUUGCAUCUCCUGGAAAUUAUACAGUUGACGAUGUAAUCUUAGAAACUGAAUUUGACGGAGAGCGUACAAAAUAUACCAUGUUGCAAGUAUGGCCGGUACGUCAGCCUCGACCAGUCGCUGAAAAGUUGCCUGCUAACCAUCCUUUGCUUACUGGGCAACGUGUUUUAGACGCACUUUUCCCUUGUGUACAGGGUGGUACCACUGCCAUCCCAGGAGCUUUUGGUUGUGGGAAAACUGUAAUUUCUCAAUCUCUGUCUAAAUACUCCAAUUCUGAUGUCAUCAUUUAUGUAGGAUGUGGUGAAAGAGGUAACGAAAUGUCUGAAGUAUUGCGAGACUUCCCAGAAUUGACAGUCGAAAUAGAAGGGGCUACGGAAUCCAUCAUGAAGCGUACUGCAUUGGUGGCCAACACAUCUAACAUGCCUGUAGCUGCUCGAGAGGCUUCUAUUUACACCGGUAUCACACUUUCUGAAUACUUCCGAGAUAUGGGUUACAACGUAUCCAUGAUGGCUGACUCUACGUCUCGUUGGGCCGAAGCCUUAAGAGAAAUUUCAGGUCGUUUGGCUGAAAUGCCUGCCGAUUCCGGUUAUCCGGCCUAUUUGGGUGCUCGCCUGGCUUCCUUCUACGAACGUGCCGGUCGCGUCAAGUGUCUUGGUAAUCCAGACCGUGAAGGAUCCGUAUCGAUUGUUGGUGCAGUAUCUCCACCUGGCGGUGAUUUCUCCGACCCUGUCACUUCCGCCACUUUAGGUAUUGUACAGGUGUUCUGGGGGUUAGACAAAAAGCUUGCUCAACGUAAGCAUUUCCCCUCCAUUAACUGGCUUAUCUCUUACUCAAAAUACAUCCGUGCUUUGGACGACUUUUAUGACAAGAAUUUUGCUGAAUUCGUCCCUCUUAGAACAAAAGUGAAGGAAAUUUUACAGGAAGAAGAAGAUUUAUCCGAAAUCGUCCAAUUGGUCGGUAAAGCGUCUUUGGCUGAAACCGACAAGAUCACUCUGGAAGUAGCUAAACUGCUCAAGGAAGAUUUCUUGCAACAAAACUCUUACUCAUCCUAUGAUCGUUUCUGUCCAUUCUACAAGACAGUGGGCAUGCUAAGAAAUAUGAUAGGCUUUUACGACAUGUCCCGACAUGCCGUUGAAAGUACCGCACAAUCAGACAACAAAAUCACAUGGAACAUCAUUAGGGACGCGAUGGGUAACAUCUUAUAUCAACUCAGCAGCAUGAAAUUCAAAGACCCAGUGAAAGAUGGCGAAGCCAAGAUCAAAUCCGAUUUCGACCAACUUUAUGAGGAUAUGCAACAGACCUUUAGGAACUUGGAGGACUAAGUGACCUUCUCCAAAGGGGGUAACUACAUAGUUAACGAUUCCGCAUGUUCCAUUCUUUUUUUUUUCUUUUUGUUAUUUCCUUGUACGUAGUAAAAAAGCUCUUCUUCGCAAUUUUAAUAAUUAGUAAAGAAGGUAUAAAUAAUAAUAAUUAUUAUCAUGAUAUGAUAUUGUAUCGUGUAAAUAGAUACAUUUAGGUGAUUAUUUGGAUCGCGCAAAUGUCGCGAUCUUUAUCUGUAUCAUUCCAUUUUAAUGUUUUCCUUUUUUCCUUCAGUAGCGCAGCCCUGGGUUGUUUGAGUGUCGACUUUAUUAUUACAGUAUUAUUAUUCGUACUUUACCAACAAAACGAACCAAAACAAAGGGCAGUAGUCAAUGAUUAAUAAAAACAAAAAUGAUAAUAAUUAAAAUGGCAACUACACAUUAUUGUAUUUGUGCAAUUGAUGUUUAAAAAAGUUUUGGAAUUUGUACAUUUUUUUCUGUCAUUGUACCAUUUUUAUCGAGUAAGUCAUGUAUAUAUAUAUAUUAUAUUACAAUAUUAUAAUGUUGCUGAUAAAUAAAAUAUUUGUUGUC